AUGAUUGCCAGUAUCGCUCACGUUAACCUCACAGUCCACCCCGGGACACUGGGCGCAGCCGAGGAGUUCUACAGCAAAACUCUAGGAUUAACCUCAAGUCCUGUCCCAGAGCUUCAAAGGGGAACAAUUCUAUGGUUCGAUAUCGGCUCGAGUGGACAGCAAAUUCAUGUCAACGAGGGUACAACGGAUCCUAAGCACAGUCGGCAUCCAUGCUUUAAGCUAAACACGCGCGAUGAGCUGGAGGGUUUGAAGAAGGCUAUUCAUGAGCACCAUGUUAAAGGGGGUCCGUCGGCGCCAAUGGCUGCUGAUAGACCUGGGCAGAUGGAUUCUGGUACACAAGGAAAAGAAUAUCCUAAGCGUUUCUUUGCUCGUGAUUAUGCCGGCAACUUACUUGAGUUCACGCUAUAA